AUGAGCGGCCUCCUUUCAGCAAGAUUCGCCGGUCGGCGCCUGGCUUGGCCGGUCGGCGCUGGCUUUUGCGUCACCUACUCACUUGUCUACCGACAAACGCCUGGGAACUUUGGCUCUCAUCUCACCUCAACCGCGGCAUCGCCCAAUCGCGCGCAAGAUCGCCGUUCAUUUGGGAGCUUGAAUCCAGAAUCGAUGAGACAGCUUUCGCGCGGUAGCAUCUAUGGAUUUGGAGUUGGACUUCUCGUCGGCUUUCUAUCUCACACUCUGGCUCUCCUUACCGGCCUAGCCAUGUUCACCAUUUACCUUGCGCAUCGAUAUGGCUUGGACUUGCCCCAGCUUCUCGGCUUGAAGAAACAUCUAAACAAGGCCAUUCUGACAAAGCCUUUCCACAAUGCUGUUUUCCGGCUAUCUUUCGCAGCUACCUUUACUCUCGCCGCCUUUGUCCGCUUUUAG